CUCAGUGAGGGCUGCACAGCUGGCGAUUUACAGACAGCUACGCUGCAAGAGUAAUUGGCUGCUAGGUGGACCACUGCCCCGCAAACUGGACCCGUGUUUGAUGGAGGAGAUGAAUUAGCACAAAUACUGGGAUAUUUAUUUUUUUUUGUCUUUUGGGGGUUCCCUUUAUAAACCUCUGGAUCACCAAAAAUUUAAGACCCAGCUCCCUCCUCUCCACUGCAACCGUUAUAACCUGCUCAUACUGGAAACAUAAGCUGAGAUAAUGGAGAAGUCAAGAUGCAGGCAACAGUUAGCCUUCAGCCUUCUGUUCGGGUUGUGGUUACCUUCCUGUUUGGCCCAAACCACACCGUCAAAUGCACCCACGCAGGCACCCACACCAUCCCCGUCUCCCAAGCUCCAGACCGAACGGCUAAAGGUCAGACUGGCUGGAUACCCCCGAAAACACAACGAGGGUCGGAUAGAGCUUUUCUACAAGGGAGAGUGGGGAACCAUCUGUGAUGACGACUUCUCAAUAACUAACGCCAACGUGCUUUGUCGCCAACUGGGUUUCGUCUCAGCCACAGGAUGGACCCACAGUGCCAAAUAUGGCAAGGGCCAAGGGAAAAUCUGGCUGGACAACGUGCAGUGUAACGGAGGUGAGAAGAGCAUUGAAUUCUGCAAGUCCCGCGGUUGGGGCAACAGUGACUGCACUCAUGAUGAGGAUGCCGGAGUUGUGUGCAAAGACGAGAGGAUUCCUGGCUUUGUGGACUCGAAUGUUAUCGAUGCUCACAUUGAUGAGAACAAGAUAGAGGAGGUGCGACUCCGACCCGUGGUUGCCAUGGCCAAAAAGAAGCUGCCCAUUGCGGAGGGUGUGGUGGAGGUGAAAUACAAAGACGGCUGGGCACAGAUCUGUGACCUGGGAUGGACGAUCAAAAACACACGCGUGGUCUGCGGCAUGCUGGGAUUCCCGCAUGAGAGGAAAGUCAACAAGAACUUCUACAAACGUCUGAAAAAGCGAGCAGCUGAGAAGGUCUCCAGGACAAAGGUUAAUGUUUCAGCUGGUGGAAGGCAGACAUCCAAAGCUAAAGUUAGCUCUAAGUCUAAACAGAGCAGCCCUGGCAAAAGGUUGUAUUUGGAGCGUCAGAAGAACUACUUCCACAUUCAUUCUGUGGCGUGUACGGGCACAGAGGUGCACCUGGCAGCCUGCCCCCUGGAGUUCAGCAAGCCAAACACAACAUCGUCCUGCGAGGGCGGCAUGGCGGCUGUGGUUAGCUGCAUGCCGGGGCCGCUGUUCAUGCAAAACAGUGGCUUGAAAAAGAAACUUAAAACUUCGAGCACAGUAAGACUGAAGGGAGGUGCCAGGCUGGGCGAGGGUCGGGUGGAGGUGCUGAAAGACAACGAGUGGGGAACGGUGUGUGAUGAUCGCUGGAACCUGCAGUCAGCCAGCGUUGUCUGCAGGGAGCUUGGCUUCGGCAGCGCCAAGGAGGCUCUCACCGGAGCCCGCAUGGGACAAGGAAUGGGUCCAAUCUACAUGAAUGAGGUGAAGUGUCUCGGUCAGGAGAAGUCCAUCUGGAACUGCCCCUUUAAAAACAUCACAUCGGAGGACUGUCAACACAUGGAGGACGCCGCCGUCCGCUGCAGUGUGCCCUAUAUGGGAUUCGAGAACUUGAUCCGAAUCACAGGAGGACGGACCCGUUACGAGGGCCGUUUGGAGGUGCUGAGCUCAGACUCUAACGGGACGCAGAGCUGGGGUCUGAUCUGUGGAGAGACCUGGAGCACCAGGGAGGCCAUGGUGGCCUGCAGGCAACUGGGCUUGGGCUACGCUAACCAGGGCCUGCAAGAAACCUGGUACUGGGACAGCAGCAAUGUGACGGAGAUGGUUAUGAGCGGUGUGAAGUGCACCGGCAACGAGAUGUCUCUGAGUCACUGCCAGCAUCACAAAACUGUCAGCUGUCAGAAGUCAGCAGCAAAGUUUGCAGCGGGAGUCAUCUGUUCUGACACGGCGUCUGACCUCGUCCCGAACGCCCCUCUGGUCCAGCAGACGGUCUACAUUGAGGAUCGCCCCCUGCACAUGCUCUACUGUGCUGCAGAGGAGGACUGCCUGUCAAAAUCUGCAUCCAAGGCCAACUGGCCCUACGGACACCGACGCCUGCUCCGCUUUUCCUCCCAGAUCCACAACAUCGGUCGGGCUGACUUCAAGCCAAAGGCCGGGCGGCAUUCAUGGGUCUGGCACGCCUGCCAUGGCCACUACCAUAGCAUGGAUAUUUUCACCCACUACGAUCUGCUGAACUCCAACGGUAGCAAAGUGGCAGAAGGACACAAAGCCAGUUUCUGUCUGGAGGAUACAGAUUGUCAAGAGGGUGUUUCUAAGCGGUAUGAGUGCGCCAACUUUGGCGAUCAGGGCAUCACUGUGGGCUGCUGGGAUUUGUACCGUCAUGACAUCGACUGCCAGUGGAUUGACAUCUCAGAUGUCAAACCUGGAAACUACAUUUUGCAGAUUGUGAUAAAUCCAAAUCACGAAGUGGCUGAGAGCGACUUCACCAACAACGCCAUGAAAUGCAACUGCAAAUAUGACGGACAUCGAAUCUGGCUCCAUAACUGCCACAUUGGUGAUGCGUUCAGUGAGGAGGCAGAGAGGAGGUUUGAGAAAUACCCCGGACAGCUUAAUAACCAGGUUUCUUAAUCAACAAUAAUUUUAACAACAAUAUGAGACCCAAAGUGGGCGUUGAAUGAAUAAAAACACACCUCAAUAGCUCAAAAAGCAAAACACGAACCGUUUUCAGUUACCAAAAUGGAUUCCCCCACAUAUCUGAGAUUAUUUGGAGUCAUGGAAGAAGCCAAAAGUAUGUUCCUCUGGUUGAAUGUGUUGUAUGUCUGAGUUAUUAUACUUGAAUAUUCAAGUGCAAAUGUUGUUUUGGAUUUUCUUUUCUCAGUCUAAUGUGAGCUAAUGCUAUAUUUUCUAUCACAAAGUAGGAUUUAUACAGUCUGUGUCUGUCUGUAACAAAUGUACAGCUUUCUAUUGAAUGUUUUUCCCGAGUUAUGAAUUAAUCCAUUUUUUGUUUUACUUGGAGCAAACAGGUUCAGCACUACCUGAGGUGUUAGCAUUAGCUAUAACACAUUUAAAAGGUAUCAACUGAGGCAGGAACAGGAACAAAUGCAGCUUUGUGCAAGUCUCACUGGUCUUGACUGCAACUUCAUACUGGGUGCUAAGGACAGAAGCGAUAGACUGUCUCUCAGAGCAAAACAUGAAAUAUUAUCUGGAUAAUUCGCUCUGCAUUAGAGUGUUAUCUUGAAAGCUAAAUGUACAUAAGCAUGUUGCUCAGGAGAAAAGCUUCAAAAGGUUUUCACAUCAAUUACUUUACAGUUUUAUGUCAUCUUGUUCACAGAAAUGGUUUUAAGUAAUAACAUGUCUGCCUCCACGGUUACAAUAUUUUGUGAAUGUACUGUAUUUAUUGCUAAUAUCAAGGUGCUCAAGAACAACCUUUAUUCAUUAGCAUAAUUGUCAGUUUGAAGUGCUUUACAACCAGUUUGAAACCAUUUGUAGCUUUAGUCUGUAUGUAUUAUUAAUAGUAAUUUAGGGUCAGAACAUGGAUGUUACUGGGCAAAGAUAAAAACUACAAUUACCCUCAAGAAUUCCUGUAUCUAUGCUGAUGUAAUC